UUUUUUGUUUUUGCCUUUUAAGAAAUUUUCCUCAAAAAACAUACGAGGAUCCUUUAAUAGUUUAUGUUCUUAUUACCUUUCGUGAAUGUAGAGUCACAUUGGAAAAAUGACAUUUGAUUCUGUAGACUGACGAAAAAAGAUUUUUUUAAUUUCAAACCAUCAUUCCAUAAUACAUGCAAGGGGUUGAUAGCUGCACUGAUUUUGUCUCCCUUCUUUGUCGAGGGGUCGAUAGCUGUUACCUCCCUUAGACAAGAGCCUUGCACCCUAAACACGUUGGUGACCCAAACCUCCAGAGGAAUCCCCCAUAGUAAACACCAUACCUCCACUUCUUCGAAAAGCGAUAUCUCCUCCCAUAUGUGUACUUUCAGUACUGACCCGUGACUGAAGAGUGUGCCAGCGGCGACGAUCUGGUUUAGGUUGGCGUCAGUCCUGACGAAAACCCAUAGCUCCUCACCCAGUGGUUUGAUUAAACAAUCUUCCUUCCUGAGCUCAUAGCAAGCUUCAAACCAAACCUGAAUAUCCUUCAUAGAGGCUCUAACUUUGACGAGGACAAGAAGAGAGUGCUGCAACUACUAAGUCCUCUUCAGGAAUGUCUGAGUAGCUUGUUAUUAUUCCCAUAUCAAUGUUGAGGUGGUGUGGGCUCCCCCAUUUCGAAGGGUUCCCUAGGAUGAGGAAGUAGUUGAUUUCAUCAGCAUUUUGGAUAGCCUCAAGUUCUUCGCUACUAGGGUGUGGUGAAAGAUGUGGUGUGGCGUGCUCAUAACUUGGGGAGAUUUUUGGUUCAGUUUGUCUACAAUACGCUUCUUCAAUGAAUCGGUUAAUCGCUACAACUAUUGGUCUUGGCUCAAAGGUUGCAGCUUUUGUUUGGUUAGAGGGAAGAAAGAAGGUGCUCACCAGUAAUAAUCUCAUUAAGAGAUCUAUGGUGUUCUCAAACAUAUGCGUUAUGUGUUUGAGAGAUGCUAAAUUGGUGGAUAAUUUGUUCCUUGAUUGUAAGUUUGUGAGGAAGAUUUGGGAAAGCCUCUUAUUAACCCUUAGCAUCCAAUAGGUGAUUCUGGGAUUGGUGCUGGACUUCCUAGCAGCAUGGCAUGGGGGUGGUGUGCGCAAAGAGGGGAAGGUGGUCUGGUGGUUGGCGGUGAUGGCUGCCUUAUGGCCUAUAUGGAGUGAGAGGAACAACCGCUAUUUUGAGAAUAGGACGAAAUGUCAUCUGAUUGUUUUGUGAACUUCGGAGGGAAGUGGGUAUAGAAAAUUGUCACAUUGUUUUGGAUUGCCUUUGUAUGAAGUUGUACUAGCUGUGGGGAAUGUUGUGCUGGAAAUGUUAACACCCUGGUGUCAGAAACUGCCCCUAAAGACCAGUAACCACUAUUCUGUCUCUGGAGUAUACUAGGGCUUUGCGUCAUACCUGUCCUUGGUCCCUCUCUAUAAAAGAACUACUGUUCCCUGCAGCAGAGGAUGCAUCAUCAUACAGCGUUACAAAGUUACAUCAAUCCUUGAACACUGAAAAACCUCGAGUGUUUGUUUAAGCUUUACAAUCUUUUAGAGUAGUUUGUGCCUUCAUAGCUUAGAGAAGCCUGGGAAACCGUAGCCUACACGGAAUAGAAUUCACCCACUCGACCAAGCCCAUGGUCUCCCUUUGUCACUAAGAGAGAUGGAAGAAAGAAAUCAUGAGCAACCUAAGACUCCAUAUGAAAAAUCUUUAAAAACCCCUAUUUUAGAUUCAACUACAGAAACCAUCAGCCCUAAUCAACUCAAGAAAAAGCCAUUUCUUUGUUCGGAAUCCCAUCCUAAUUUGAUCUUCUCCAAAACCUUGGGUUUUCUAACCAGGAAACCAUACCACCAUUUUAGUUUCAUUAAAAAAAAUAAUAAUAAAAAAUUAUAAGUUUCAACUUUAACUAUUUGCUUGACUAAGCUUAGGAAUUGAAAACUUGGCAUUGUUGUGUACUACAUUCAGCACCAAACUCCAUCUGAACUCAUUGAUUGAAAUUCCAGCUCCUAGCUAAUAUACUGGACUUAAUUGAUAUCCGUAGUGCAUGUGCUUUGCAAUCAAUCAGAAAAUUCUAAAAGUGGACAAGUUGCAGCAAUGAGGUAUGGUUCUACCAAACAGAUGUGUGAUCUGUAAAGCCAUCCAAUAGAGCAGUCCUCAUCUGCUCCUCCAUUGUCCGAUAGCUUCAGCGAUUUGGGCUUUCUUCCAUACUGAGUUCAAAACUUCGUGGUCCAAUAGCUUCAUGUUGCAAGAUCAAUUCAUCAGUUGGUGCAACAGCCCGCCCAGCAGGAGCAAGAUCUUGUGGAACAUUGUGCUUUUUGCCAUUGGUUGGGAGAUUUGGAAAGAGAUCUAACAGAAUUUUAAACGAGUGAAUUGGCGUCAUUAUCUUCCAAAUCAAGGGGUCUAUCAUUGAAUUGGCGUCAUUAUCUUCAAAAUUCUGUGGGAGGUCGAUGUCAGAGAUAUGGAAUGGGUGGUCCAGUCUUGUGGCGUAGUGUUUGGGUCUAUUGUUCAGAUUAAACAUUUCGUUUAAUCUGGCAAAUUUUCUGUAUGCCAUGAUGUAUUGGGGCUUUGUUAUUCCUGCACCACUGUUUGUAAGUUAUUCCUUUAGUAAUAUAUUUCAUUUAUCUGCUGAAACAAAAUUCUAGGAGGCCUUUGAUUGUAGCCAUAUGGUUUUUAUGGUUUGUUGCUUGAAAUUGGAUGCAGUUUAUUAUUAUUAUUAUUAUUAUGAGAGAAACUUGUACUGGACAGGAAAAAGAACUUAUUGAAAAGCAUAAUCUCUGGCUUAAUGAAGAGUUAACGACCAAAGUUAACAGCCUCAUUGAACUUCGCCGAACACAUACUGAAUUUGAGGCAGAUAUGUCUGCUAAGGUUGCUAAUGUUGAGAAAAAAUUUAAAGAUUGUUCAAUCUGUCUAAAGUUGCAUAAAGAGAGAGUUAGGGAACUUGAAAGGAAAUUGACAUCUCUGCAGGAGGAGUCAUGCUCCACCAAAGAUGCUGCUGCUGCUAAUGAAGAGCGCUACUCUGCUGAAAAAUCAACUAUUUCUAAGCUUGUUGACCUUUACAAAGAGAGUGCUGAAGAAAUGGUCUAGAAAGGCAGGAGAACUUGAGGGUGUAAUUAAGGCAUUGGAAACACAUUUGAGUCAAGUCGACAAUGAUUACAAAGAGAAACUUGAGAAGGAAGCAUCUGCCAGAAAAGAUUUUGAAAAGGUCUGGUAUUUUGUUAUUUUGUUCAUGUAAAUAAAUAUUUAAUGGUGCAUUUGGAAGCAUGCUUAAACUAUGUUCCUGAACAUUUUGGGGCCACCACCUUUGGAUAAGUAUGGCAUUUGGAAAGGUUAGAAAGAGUAAUCCACAUUAUGGUUGCUAUCUUUUUCUGGUUGA